AUGUCUGUCCAUUUCCACCACGACCUGGACCCCUCUUCGGCCGAGCCAUUUCUGGUCGCCACAAGUAAGGCCCGCGACGAUGACAUUGGUUUCGAGGAAGCCGAUCUAGGCGCCUCACGCCCUCUUUACAGAGGCAUCGUCGUGCAGGACGUUUGCAUCCGCAUCAUCUACUCGCCUUGGCUGCCAUGGUUUCUUCUUGUCCUUGCCGGUGCCGCUCUGCUCCAUCAGACCAUUUGUCCGUGGACAGCCGAGCAGGCUGAGACACAUCCGGGGCCUCCCCACCUGCUCUACAGCCCUGCACAGGACGCGGUCGAGUACGAGGUGCACAAGUUCCACCUCGGUCUCGACACCGACCUAACCGAGUACCAGGGUGAGCCCUCGCCUGAGCUGGACCGAAGAUGGUCUGAACUCUACAAUGUCGGCAUCAACCUCAUCCCGCUAGAGAGCGCACGGCAGCUACCCAAUCGAACCAUCCUCUUCCCGCACGACGAGCAGCGUCGCUACCUGGUUGAGCUCGACGUGUUCCACCAGCUCCACUGUCUCAACAUGAUCCGCAAGGCCCUACGCCCGGACUACUACAAGCCGCAUCUACCCGGUCCACAGCCUGGCGACGAGGACGAGCUGCUGGGCCCACAACACAUUGAUCAUUGCGUCGACGCGCUGCGCCAGUCGCUCAUGUGCAACGCCGACAUCAGCGUACUCGUCUGGGGCUGGCACCAAGGCCGCCAGCGGCACACGGAGCGAGGCACCAUUCUCCACACGUGCAAGCGUUUCGACAAGAUUCAUGAGUGGGCACGACAGCACGCCGUGUACGAGGCCAUGGACAAUGGGUUCCGCGAGAUGAACGAUCCGCUGGAUCCAUCGACUUGGGAAGGUGGAUAUCACGGGGAAGACUAA